AUGCUCCUAGGCUAUGAUGUUAGCAACGUCGCAAACAUUCAGGCCUCCGUCUAUCAUGCCUUUGGACAUGUCGAACUCCUUACGUGGGUCGCGAUCGGGUACACAGCGCUCAACGUCUGCAUGAUGCCGCUGUGCCGGAGGCUGUCUGCCUUUGGCAACUUGAAAGUGCAGUUCUACAUUUACACUCUGAUAUUUGCUGCUGGCGCUGCAAUAGCUGGCGCCGCCCCAGAUAUCAACUGCGUUAUAAUCGGAAGGGCAAUCACCGGUAUCGGUGGCGCAGGGCUCUACCAGGGAAUAAUGCUGUACAACUUCAAAUUCUCGUCGGCAUACGAGGCGCCCAGGGGUCAAGCCGUCAUUGGGACUGGGUUCGCCAUUGGUUUGGUGCUCGGACCAAUCGUCGGCGGCGCCUUCGCUGAGAACCCCCAUGCUACAUGGCGAUGGGCAAUGUUUAUCAACAUACCCAUUCUGGCUGUCCUUUGUGCCGGUUGGAAAGUCUUCCUCCCGCCUCUCUUUAUAUCCAAACAAACCGCAUCACACGCCUGGGUCGAUGUUGACUGGCUCGGCUGGAUUUUACACUGCGCUUCAUUUCUAAUGCUCUUCAGCAGCUUGAUAUUCUCCGGCUCGCACUGGCCGUGGGAUUCAUACUCGGCCAUCGUAGCCUGGGUCUUUGCCGGGCUCCUGUUCUCCAUGUACGCGGUGCAGCAGCACUUGUGCAUCUGGACGACCCGUAAAUAUCGCAUCUUCCCGGCCGACGCGCUAGGAGAGGUGCGCACAGUUCUUCCGGUAGGCCUGUCAACCGCCAUGGCAGCUGCAGCGUACGGCAUCACAUUAUACUACACUCUGCUGUUCUUCUCCUUCACCAGAGGCUUCAACCCUGUUGAGGCUGCCGUCCAUCUACUUCCCUACAUCGGAACCUUCGUCGGCAUGACGGUCCUUUCGUCGGCAUUGCUUCCACGCCUGCGACUCUACCCAGUUCUCUACGUGCUGGGCGGCGCGCUGAUGAUCAUAGGCGGGGCGCUCCAGACCUCCAUGACGGCCGACAGCCCCGUGGGUCUCGUGAUGGGGAACCUCGCGCUCGUGGGUGCGGGAGUAGGCUUGGUUUUCCAGCAGGGCGCCGCGGUGCUCAAGACCUUGGCACGGAGUGACGCAACCAAAGAGUCGGAUCAUGUUGUUGUCUUCUUAAUCAUGCAGCUGGGCGGAGUUGCUCUGUUUAUGUCGGUGGGUGGGUGCAUAUUCCAGAACCUGGGGUUCAAGUAUGUCAACGAUGCUCUGGUCGAUGCCGGCGUUCGAAUUUCCGAUGCAGAAGUCAGGCAGGCGCUCGGCGGCCUGGAUUCUGCGUUUCUGGGCCAGGCAGAGCAGGGAUUGGCAAGAGUUGUGGUCGAGCAGAUUUCCAGGGCUAUUGGGAACACAUUCUUCAUUGUUGUGGGGGCCGGUGCUGUGGUCUUUUGCCUUGCAUUCGUGAUGAAGUGGCAAAGGCUCGAUUUCAAGCCAAAACCAGUGGCGACUGAGCUAUCUGGGCCACAGUCUUCAUGA